CUCUGCGGGGCGGCCUCAGCCCGGACAUGACGCAUCUGUCGCGGCCAAGAUGGAGCCGAUCCGCACUGAACGGGUUUAGGAGCCGUUGCUGUGGACGGAGAGACAGGAACGUGAGCGGCCAUUGAGGGCGGCCAGGGUGCCGGUGAGCCCCCCAUCUGCACGGUGUGCGGGCCGGGCAUCGAGGGCUGAUCUUCGAUGGAGGACAACAUGACGGGGCACAACAAGGAGAAGCGUUAUGAGUGCGACGUAUGUGGCAAGGCCUGGCAGUACCUGAGCAAGCUGGAGGCCCACCGGCGGGUGCACAUGAUAGAACGCCCCUUCAACUGCAUAGAGUGCGGCAAGAGCUUCAAGAGGGCGGAUGUGCUGAAGGCCCACCGGCGGGUGCACACGGGCGAGAAGACCUAUGGCUGCUCUACAUGCGGCGAGAGCUUUACCCAGUUGUCGAGGCUGCGGGAGCACAAGCGGGUGCACAGCAGCUUCAAGUCGUCCAAGGAUCUGAAGGGGCAUAGCCGCGUGCACACCGGGGAACGCCCCUACACAUGCAGCGACUGCGGGAAGGGCUUCACCCAGUCUAGUCACCUGCUGGUGCACCAGCACACCCACUCCAGCGAGCGCCCCUACACAUGUGCCCAGUGCGGCAAGGACUUCACCCAAUCCGGCAACCUGGUGCUGCAUCAGCGCACCCAUACCGGCGAGCACCUCUUCACCUGCGCGCAGUGCGGCAAAGGCUUCACCCACUCCAGCAACUUGCUGAGGCACCAGCGCACCCACACCGGGGAGCGCCCCUUCACCUGCGCCCAGUGCGGCAAGGGCUUCACCCACUCCAGCAACUUGCUGAGGCACCAGCACACCCACACCGGGGAGCGCCCCUUCACUUGCGCCCAGUGCGGCAAGGGCUUCACCCGCUCAGACCGCCUGCUGUAUCACCAGCGCACCCACACCGGCGAGCGUCCCUUUACCUGUGCCCAGUGCGGCAAGAGCUUCACCCAGUCCAGGAACCUGCAGCAGCACCAGCGCACCCACACCGGCGAGCGCCCCUACACCUGCGCCCAGUGCGGCAAGGGCUUCACCCGCUCCACCUAUCUGAUGUCCCACCAGCGGGUGCACGCCGGCGACCGUCCCGUCCCCAGCCUGGUGUGUGGAAAGCGCUUUGCCAUGGCUUCCCACGCCCUCCCUCACCAGCACGUGCCCACCAGUGGCCAGGCCUACGACUGCCCGUACUGUGGUGAGGAGUUUGACAGCUCGCGGGGGUUGCGGCAGCACCGGCGGACCCACGCCGGCGAGCAGCUGCUCUCACUGUGACAAG